UAGUUAUUAUAGGCCCAUAAUUAAAUAAAAAUAUUAAGCUUGUUAAUUGGGCCCAAAAUCUGUUAUCGGUAAAUACCAAAUCGUUAGAUAUCUAAAAUCAAACAUUAAAUCUCAUCUGUUUCAAAUUUCAGGCGUAAUUCUCGGGGGAAAAAACGCUUCGUCUUUUGCUUCAAGUCGUUGCAGACGCCAAUUUUAUUUCAUGGGGAAGAUUGUCUUCGUUUGGGUUCGUAGCGGGGAAGAUUGUUGUUGUACCCUCAUUGUCUAUUUGUCUUCUGGAAUCUGGACUCUGGUAAUUGUUUCGCCCAGGGCCCCAUUUUUGCCAGGACCGGCCCUGGCGGCUGCCGUUCAUCGGCAAUCUGCACCAAUUCGACGGCCGAUCCCCGCACACGUACCUCGGCCGAAGCAGUACGGCGCCGUCAUGUCCCUCCAGCUCGGAUUCCGGCGGCUCGUCGUGAUCUCCUCGGCAGAGGCAGUGAAAGAGAUCGUGAAAUCGCACGACGCCGCUUUCUCGAGCCGGCCGGCUCUCGCCGCCCUGAGGAGGCUGUCGUACGACGGCCUCGACUUUGCGUUCUCGCCCUACACGGAGACGUCGAGGGAGAUGAAGAAGAUCUCCACCGUGCAUCUCUUUAACACGAAGCAAGUUCAGACUUUUCUUCCAAUUAUCAGAGAUGAAGUGUUGAAGAUGAUGGAGAAGAUAGCUAGAGAUGCCUCUUUAUUGAAUUAUGAGCUGGAGUGUAAUUUCAUGAGGGAAAAAUCAAAUUCUUCAUUCCAGUAUAGCUCUUAUUUAUAG